AUGAUGAGUCGACGACAGUCAGCAGCACACCCUAUUAUUAUGCGAGAAGAACAUGAUCACCGUUCUAGUCUAUGUAUCAAUGCUCAACAUCGAUUAUCAAGUGUAUCACAAAUAUAUCUGCCAUACGGUACUGAAUAUCAUUCACAAUCACUAGUUCCACCCCAUGGUCUCGAUGUACCUCAACAGCUCUUUUUGACAGAAGCAACCGAACAAGAUAAUGCAACUAUGCGAAGACGUCAAAUAUCGAUGAUAUCUCAAAGGCAUCCACUACUAGAGGAAACUAUUAAUGAGGAAGAUAUCACUGAAUCCGAUCAAGAAUCAAUCACUCAACGACGACGUACAUUUUUAUUCUUUAUCCAGCCAAUUGUCAGUGGUUUACUUGUACUUCCAAUUCUUGUUCUUUUCUGGCAAUGUGGUUGGAAUUUAACAUUGAUUCUUUUGAAUCAUUUAAAUGGAUUUCCAUUGACAUUAUACUUGAAAGAAUUUAAUCUAGAAGAACAUGCUAAUUAUUCAGCACGGUCGUUAUCGAUUGCAUAUGCGGAACGACAUUGGUUUCUACAAAAUGUUCUAUUGAAACUGCACAUUCUUGGAUUAGCAUCGAUUUAUAUUGUUCAAUGGGUAAUGUUAUGGACAUUUUGGGAUCAAUAUACACCUCAUGAAUGGUAUUUUGAAUUGACACUUUCAUUUUCAGCAAUCUUUGCAUUGAUUGUAUUUACUGGACAUUUAUCUGAUUUAAUCUGUGCACCAUUUCUAAUGAGUUAUGAUUCAAUUGAUUAUUGUUUACAAUUUGGUUGUCCACUUCUAACAAGACAGAUGAAUCAAUGGAAAAUAAAUUUGCUCAAUUAUAUUUUAUACGAAAUUAUCAUAUCAAAUAUAGCAUUAAUAGCAUGGCGUGGUUUCUAUCAUUUUCUCGAUAAGCAUUUAUAUCCAGAUAAUUUUGCAAUGUCAGUUGGUUUAUGUUUACUUAUUGGUUAUAUUCUCUAUUUUCCAUUAAUGUAUUUUCAAACAUAUUUUGAAGAAUUAAAUUUAAAAUAUGAAUUUUGGACAUUUUUUUCAAUUAAUUUUCCACAAUUCUAUCGUAAUAUUCGUCAUCUAUUGGCAUUUACAUCGUGUCUAUUUCUUUGGCGUGGUUUUUGGCUUUUAUAUGAUACUUAUAUAUAUAUAUUUGAAGAAUACUAUCAGACAUAUUUUAUAUUAUUUCUAAUUUCUUUUCUUCUAUUAGCUUUUCUACAAACAUCAUCAUCAACAAAUGGACCAUUGAGCAAUAUCACCGAUGAAUACAAUAUCUUUCCACUUUAUCCAAAUUGUUAUCUUUCAAUUGUCUUUGAAAGAUAUCCACAAUUGGAUUGGUUUCGAUCACCAAUAACUGACCGAAAUAGACAACUUUAA